GCGGCAGAAGGCUCACCUCGGCGCGGGGAGCUGCGGGCUCCGUGGCCUCGCGAACCCCGCGGCGCUAUAGAGCGGGGAACCUCGUUGGCGUCGCUGGCUUCCUCCUAGGGCUCCCCAGGACUGUGGGGAAUGUGAGGCUGGAGUGCUGGUUGGGGGGGGGUCUCGCCUGUUCUUGUCUGUCCAUUUUUUCCCUACUUGCUCUUCACUAGGGCCUGUUUACCACCGAACCCGCAGGUGACUCUGCUCGUCCAGGCUGCGCUUUAAGAGCGCAGCCCUGGGCGGGUGGACACCGAGUUCCCCACCCUCACCCUGCCCUUCCCUCUCCCCGCUCCCGUCCCCUCCAACUCUUGCGUCUUGGAUCCACGCGCGCUCUUUAUUCUCCUUUCUCCAGAGUUGGGUCAGGGCAGCCACUGGAUGCUGAGGGUUAAAUGGUGCAAGAGCAGAGGCGCAGAGAAGUCCCCGGGAUUUCCACGUUUCUGUCUCUCCACCCACACCCCAGCUGCAGGGGUCCAGUUCCGACUGACCCACCCCGCCCCCACUUCUUCUUUUCAGGCAAACUGUGGGUGACCGCGCCUGCGGGGGACUUUGCCAUCUGUCCACCGCGACCUGGGGAGGGAGAACCAGCAACUCUCUGUCCCUUCCCCCUCCGCUCCCGUUUCGGAGACCCUGCAGGGACUCGUUUUGGGGUUGCCACUGAUUUCCAGGAAGGACGCGUGUCCCUCUCCGCCCCGACUCGGGCGGCCACCUGUCUCGGCCGCGGUGACCCUUCUCCCAUGACCCUGCGGUGCCUCGAGCCCUCCGGGAAUGGCGGGGAAGGGACGCGGAGCCAGUGGGGGACCGCGGGGUCCGCGGAGGAGCCGGCCCCGGAGGCGGCGCGUCUGGCGAAGGCCCUGCGGGAGCUCAGUCAAACAGGUUGGUACUGGGGGAGUAUGACUGUUAAUGAAGCCAAAGAGAAAUUAAAAGAGGCACCAGAAGGAACUUUCUUGAUUAGAGAUAGUUCGCAUUCAGACUACCUACUAACAAUAUCUGUUAAAACAUCAGCUGGACCAACUAAUCUGCGAAUCGAAUACCAAGAUGGGAAAUUCAGAUUGGACUCUAUCAUAUGUGUCAAGUCCAAGCUGAAACAAUUUGACAGUGUGGUUCAUCUGAUUGACUACUAUGUUCAGAUGUGCAAGGAUAAGCGGACGGGCCCAGAAGCCCCCCGGAAUGGCACUGUUCACCUUUAUCUGACCAAACCGCUCUACACGGCCGCUCCACCUCUGCAGCACCUCUGUAGACUCGCCAUUAACAAAUGUACCGGUACCGUCUGGGGACUGCCUUUGCCAACAAGACUAAAAGAUUACUUGGAAGAAUAUAAAUUCCAGGGGGAAAUGGAGGCUAGAGACAAACAAGUGCUUCGCUCCCUUCGCCUGGAGCUGGGUGCAGAGGUCCUGGUGGAGGGACUGGUUCUUCAGUAUCUUUAUCAGGAAGGGAUCUUGACAGAAAACCAUGUUCAAGAAAUUAAAGCUCAAGCCACAGGCCUCCGGAAAACAAUGCUGCUGCUGGAUAUCCUACCUUCCAGGGGCCCUAAAGCAUUUGACACAUUCCUAGACUCCCUGCAGGAAUUUCCCUGGGUCAGGGAGAAGCUGGAGAAAGCAAGGGAAGAAACUGUGACUGAGCUGCCUGCAGGUGACCCGGUGACUGGAAUUCCCCCCAACAUUCUCCACAGCUCCCCAUCGGACCGGCAGAUUAACCAGCUGGCUCAGAGGCUGGGCCCAGAGUGGGAAGCCGUGGCGCUGUCUCUGGGGCUGUCCCAGGCGGACAUCUACCGCUGCAAGGCCGACCACCCCCACAGCGUGCACGCGCAGAUGGUAGAGGCCUUCGUGCGCUGGAGGCAGCGCUUUGGGAAGCAGGCCACCUUCCAGAGCUUGCACAGAGGCCUCCAGGCCAUGGAGGUGGACCCCUCAGUGCUUCAGCACAUGCUGGAAUGACGUGCCUGCAUUAACUGGGUGCUGGGGAGCACGUCCCCAAGUCACAUGUGCCGAAUCCUGACUUUCACCUGGUGGGUAGUUUUUUUGGAGGGUUUUUGUUUGUUUGUUUGUUUGAGCUUUGAUUUUUCAUGAUCCUUAAAUGAAAGGAGAAAACAGGAUUUCCAUUUGAAAUUACCUACAGCUAGAUUAUUCAGUAGAUCUCUCAUAGUGGCUUCAGAGUUUAUUGUUUUUAAUUGCUUGGAGAUUGCAUUGUUUGGUUAUCUUUUGAUAGACUGCUAGAUCUAGUGGCUCUAAAAAAAUAAUAUUGUGUUACCAGCAAUUGUCUUAUAUGUAAAACAUCCAUUUUUAUGUUGCCUGGGAACUGAACUGUGGACUUUGCUAUUAAUAAUAAUGAUGAGAAUAAAAAGUGAAUUACUGCAUUAUAUAUAAUGUAGCCCUUUCAGGAGAAAGCAUUAUUUGUUUUUUCCCUCAUUCUUGAAUUGCAUAGAUUAAGGAUGUAAAACUCCUGUAGUCGUUUCUCUGGAACAUAAUUGAUAGUAACACAGGGAAAUGGUUGCUUCCUCCAGUUAAGAUAAAUAGCACAGGCAUGGUGUCUACAUUAAAUUUAAAACAUUAAAGCUCCCUGCAAAGAGCAGUUCAGGUACCAGCAUGCAUACCUGAGCCCUUCGUCUUUAAAGGAUUGCUUAAGAAAACCCUGUGCCUUUUAUUUAAAGGUUUACUUGGGGGACUAAAGGGGUGUGGUCUUUCCAUUAAGGCCUUGAUGAUUGAGGUGUUGUUCUAAGGAGUAUGAUUGAGUCUUCUCUUAUUACUAACAUAUCAUAUUUGUCAAAUGUUUUACUGCUUCAAGACUUCAUAUAUGGAACCUUACAAAAAUCCUAUGAAGUAGCUGGUAAGACAGGUGACCUUCUGUAGCAAACGUAAAUGGUUGACCUGAGGUCAGUGAACUACAACUUGUGUCCUUGGCACAACACUCUGUGAGCCUCCCAAAUGCUCUGUGCUUCUCCUCCUCGUCUUUGGAAGAGGCUUGUGUCCUGCUCGCCACCUGACAGAAGUAUCUCCUCAGACAGGUGACUUCACCUGUAAGCCUCUGUUUUCUCACUUGUUGAAUGGUAAAUGCUUGUCCUUACAUCUAAAGUUUUCAUGAUGAUUAAAGGAAUAAUGUCUGCCCAGAGCUCCUCUAGUGCCUGGCCAUCAUCUGCUCUCCGGAAACAGUAGCUGUAAUUUGCUGCUGUGGCUGAGCAAUGGCUGCAGUUCACAGACAAAACUCAACAGUGACUAAAGCCGAGGGCACUGUCAGAGGAAGUGCGAUUACCACGUUUCUAAGUUUUAAAAUGUGAUUUGAUUUUACUAACUCCACAAUGGGUCCAGUCAAGAGAGGGACUUGUGAACAACCCCAGGCUGUGAUCUGUCCUUCCGAAUAAUUGGAGAAUCUAUUUCCAAACCCGAACCUGACUCAGGCUUUAUCAAAUGGAAAACAAUGAUAAUUUUUACUUCUCUCUUCCAAGGGUUGAAAUGAAGGGGUCCUCGAAAAGGUGCUGGUGGUGCUGGCUACAUCCUUCCAGAUGUUGGACAGCCUAUUCCCUUGACUAAAACAGACCCAUUAUUUCACAGUUCAACAAACUGAGAAGGAUGGUCUAUGACCUUAUGAGCUCUAAUUUUCCAUUUCAUUGCCCACCCCUUAACCCUUUAUCUUGUACAAUUCUCCUACUUUUGGUCCCAUAUCCAUGCCCAGUGAUGAACUGUACUUUUACUGCAUCUUUAAUAAAUUGAUUGUCAUUUGGAACCUUAGAUUUGUAAUGUGUUGCUA